AUGGCUUCCAGCUAUCCCACCAGCAUUCGUCCUUCCGCCACAGAGAUCAAGAACGGCAAGCUCACGCCUCAGAAUCUGGAGAUUGCCAUUCGCAGUCUGUACCAUGACGGUCUUGUUGUGGUCGAAAAUGCAGUGCCGCAUGCCGCGCUCGAUCGGCUGAACGAGAAGAUGGUGAGGGACGCAUAUGCCCUGCAGAGCAGAAAGGAAAAUAGUCCAUAUAAUUAUAACCGGGGCAAUAUACAGCAGGAUCCUCCGCCUGUGAAGGACUACUUCGAUCCUGGCAUUUUUCUGAACCCAAUUGCUACGCAGAUAACAAAUACUGCCCUAGGACCUCGUCCAAAAUGGACAUUUUGCUCAGGAAAUACAGCCAUGCCUCCGACGGCAGACUGUCCCCCGACAACGCAGCCGGUCCAUUCAGACGCAGAUUUUGAUCACCCAACGCACCCCUUUGCCUAUGUGGUCAACAUCCCCCUGAUCGAGAUGACCCCUGAGAACGGCUCCACGGAGAUCUGGCUCGGAACUCACAUCGACUCAGGCCUGCAUGUACAAGAAGGACUGCACGGUGAACGAGCAAGCGGACGCAUCAAGCUUGACGAGCUGGAAAAGCGACGAGCAAUCCGGCCACCGCGCCAGCCUGUCGUUCCAAAGGGCGCCAUAGUACUUCGCGAUCUUCGACUCUGGCAUGCUGGAGUCGGUAAUCAAACUGAUCAGGUCCGCGUAAUGCUGGCGAUGAGUAGGUUCCCUAGUGUCAUUGGAGCAUGGGCAACGCUAAUGGACGGUUCACUUUGCUCCUUGGUACCGGAAUCCGAUGCCAAUGGAAUUUUCCGAAACUGUGCGGCCGAUUAUGGAGAAGCAGGACGGUCUCGAGGUGCCGGUUGA